GCUGAGUCUCUAUAAUCGCAAGAUGUUAACUGCGAUUCAAGUUUAUUUUCAAAUUUAAUCAUCGCAAGCAGGAAAGGUAACGAAAGGGACAGAGGCACACCUUUCAUUAUGUUCCGAAACAGCACUUGGAGAAAGAGUGUGAAUGAUUUAGUUAGCUGGCAUCAAGACCAGGCUUUAAAUACAACAAUAUUUAUUCUGCGAGAGUUUGGGCCUACUGGAUUUCUUUUGAAAGAGGAAGGGGAAACAAAGAAUUUUAAAGUAUGUUUGGGAGACCCUCAUAAGUGUACGUGCUCUGCAUUUCUGAAAGAAAAAGACCUUUGCAAACAUAUCUGCUGGGUUUUAUUGAGAAAAUUCAGACUACCUCGAGAUCAUGAAUACAGUUUCCAACUGGGCCUGGUAGAAAGAACAAUAGCCCAAGUACUUCAGGGAGAGCACAGCGUGCAGACUCCUCAGCCAAAAGAGCAUUCAUCAGAGCAGAAGCAAAGCACAGCUGAGGAAGACGGCUGUGUAAGACAGAAGGAGAUAGCCACUGAAGACAUCUGUCCCAUUUGCCAGGAAGAACUGUUAAAGAAAAGGCUUCCUGUGUCUUACUGCAGGUAUGGGUGUGGCAAUAGCGUUCACAUUUCCUGCAUGAAAAUCUGGGCAGAUCACCAAACCAGAUCCGAGACAGACACUAUGGUAAAGUGCCCUCUCUGCAGAGAGGAUUUUGCGCCCAUGAAGUCUCUGCUACAGCAAGUUAAAAAUGCUGCUAAACUCAUAACUGCAGCAGAGAGGGAACGGCUGGAUAGACAUCUAGGAAUCCCCUGCAACAACUGCAACAUCUGCCCCAUUAGCGGCAAGUGUUUUAAAUGCAUGGUCUGCAGCAGUUACCACCUGUGUGAGGAAUGUUUCCAGAAGAAGUAUCAUCCUCAACACAGCUUUGCUUUUCGUUUGAGAAGAACCCAAAAGUGGCAAGCAGUGGAACAUUUUUAUGACCAGCCUGUAUUUCAGAGAAACCAAGAAAGUAUUUUUACAGUCCAGAAUGAAGUGAUCCCUGAGCACAUUGUGAAAAUGUUGCCAUCUGUGAAGGUGAGACAGAGCAGCACACUGCUGGAGCCUGGGCAACAGUGUAGACUCUGCUUGAAGAGCUUUAGCUUGGGGCAACUUGUGAGACAGCUGCCUUGCAAUCAUAAGUUCCAUAAAGCCUGCGCUGAUAAGUGGCUUCUGCAAGAAAGCAAUUCCUGCCCAAUAGAUGGUCAAGUCAUCUACAACCCCAUAACAUGGAAUAAAACAACGAGUACAGACAAAACUACAGUGACCUCACCAUCACAGCUUCAGACUCAAAUGAUGGGACAACUCCAACAGGAACUGUUUGUCCCCGGGAUAGGACUGUCGCUUAAAACAGAAGGCAGCAAGGGGCCUUAUAAACCAAGGAAUGCAGAUGAGUGCACUUCACCACCAGUUACAAUUCAACAGGAUAGUGUCCAGAACGGCCUUCAAUGUCUUCAUUUAAAUAACUUACCCACUGGUGGGCAUGGAACAAAACCAGGCUUUUUAGGGCAAGCAAAACAAAAAUUGCAACCAAAACGAAAUUUAAGACCCUUCCAUCAAAGGAAGUGUUACUCCUCUGAACCUGGAAGAAGUGAGGACGAUAGCAUGAGGCACGCUGUAUCUGCAAAUAAAAUCAUGAGCUCAACUAUUAGAACUCCAGGAUUAAGGCAUGAAGAUGAUUUAUUGAAUGCUGAACGUGUGGAGUUGUCUGCUGUUAAGAGAAUACCUGAUAAAAAACAUGAAGGGUUGUUUGUCGGGGUGAAUCCUGUUAGAUUGGACAGUGCUUUACAGUGCAGAGCUAGCAAUCAUCCAAAAAGAAAAAUGUCACAAAGGAGACCAUUGUAUAGAAGACCCACAGAUAAUACUGAGACUGUGGUAGGUAUAGACCCAACUCUCAAAAUGGAUGGAAUCUCAAUGAAUAAUCCAAUACAAGGAAACAAAACAACAAAAUUGUAGGAUUAUUAUAAAUGGAUUAUAUAAAUUGUUUAUUAUUACAAUAUAAUGGUAACUCAACUAAGUAAUAUUAUAAAAGCUUUUCUUAAUCUCCGUACAUUAUAUGCUAAUAUUUGUGAAAUAAAGAAUGAACAUUUACAAAAUUUUACUUAGAAAAAAAUAAUACUACCAGAGCUGAAGUCUGUUAAAUGAUGAGUGAUAUUCAAAAUGAUUAAAAGAAACUGAACCAUUGACUUUUAGGUCCAAAUGUUCCCUUCAGGUGAAUUAAAAGGGGACAACCUGCUGGGGCAAUAAGUGUAAAUUAGAAUGAACAUUUUGUCUGUAGUCACUGUGUAAAAAUGAGUUAAUAAAAUGUAAAUAUCUGAA